UUUGUCGUGAUAUCAUCGGUGGUAAAACAAACUAUUCUCCGUUGUUCUGUAUUUCUGUUCUCCUUUUCUACUUUUAAACCGCGAUGACGCCGCUGAUCCUGCUGCUGCUGAUCUCAUGUUGUCAUGUUGCUUCUCCAGUGAUUCACUCCCUGAAGCACGUCUACAUGGCAUCCUAUGGGGUCCCAAAUUUCCCCGACUUCUUGGCUGUCGUGUUUGUUGACGGAUAUCAAACGGAUCGCUACGACAGCGUCACCAAGAGGACGGUACCCACACAGGACUGGAUGAGCCAAGUCACAGUAGACGACCCAGAGUACUGGAAGAGGCAAACGUUGUACUGGGAAGGUCAAGAGCAGAUAGGAAGAGUCAACAUUGAUCUUUUAAAGAAACACUUCAACCAGACUGAAGGCAUCCAUGUAAUCCAGGUGUUGAAUGGCUGUGAAUGGGACGAUGAGACCGGAGACGUUAAUGGUUUUGGUCUAAUCAGUUAUGAUGGAGACGACAUCUUGAUACUGGACAUGAAGGCACAGAGAUGGAUCGCUACAAAACCACAGCUCCUCAGAAGCCAACAUAAGUGGAAUAAUGACAAGAGUUGGUUAGCAUUCAUGGAGCACCGUUUGAUCCAGGAGUGUCCUGUGAGGCUGAAGAACAGUUUGGGCUACGGGAAGAGCGCUCUGCAGAGAACAGAGCUUCCCUUUCUUUCCCUCCUCCGGAAGACACCCUCGUCUCCAGUGACCUGCCAAGCCACCGGCUUCUACCCGGACAGAGCCAUGUUGUUCUGGAGCAGAGACGGAGAGGAGCUUCACGAGCACGUGGACCAUGGCGAGCUCCUCCACAACCACGACGGGACGUUCCAGAUGAGCGUGGUCCUGGAUCUCUCGCUGGUCAAAGCUGACGAGUGGUGGAGGUACGAGUGUGUCUUUCAGCUCACCGGUAUUGAGGAGGACAUCAUCACCAAGCUGGACCCGGCGGUGAUCAGGACUAACUGGGUUGAGAAGCCCGAUGUCACAACACUUCCCAUCACGUUGUCUUCAGUGGUCGCUGUCGCUGUCGUCUUCACAGUGGCCAUCGGAGUCAAACUUUACAAAAAGAAAAAAGCCAAGUGUUCUUCAGAUUCUCCUGACGCCAUUGAGCUCUCUGAGAAACUGAAACCAGAAACCUGAUUCCAUACGGACCAGUGCACACAGUUUGUAGAAAAGGUCUGGAGCAAGAAAAGGAGUUGUCACGUCCGUUUGACUGGAGGAAACAGGUCAUUUAUUUUUUUGUGGCUGAUGAUUUUUAAUUGGAUCCUAAAAUAGAUGUCCGACGUCAUUUGACAACAUGUUUACUCUUUCCUUGACUGAAACAAAAAAAGAUGGCAGCUUUCUUUGUUUGGAGUGAAGAAAUGAGGAGAUAGAUUUUGUGCCACUGGUUUAAAGGUACUGCGUAGGGGGUCGGACACAAUAGUCUUUGAUGACUUCAAAACCACCUACCUGGGUUUCUCAGAGUUUAACUUUUUUAUUUAUUUAGAGGGAAAACUGUGUCUUAUUCCUUUAGAUGAGGGGGAAUCACCACCGUAAAAGUGUCAAAUGUAAAAAAUGAUGAUACAUGACACUCCAAAAAGAAAUCCAAAAAACACCAGACUUUCACCAGGAGACCGCUAUUGGUGCCCCGUGUGAGCCAAGAAGUCAACAUUGAUUUAUUUGUCACAUAACUUCCGUACUUAAGUUACAGCACUUCCGGUGUUAUAUC